CGUCUGGCCAGAACGAUUUUGUAUUUCAAUUUGUAUACAAAAUUUACGUUUAUCGUAUUGUGUCCGUCCCUAGUCUAUGCUAGUCGUCGAAUCCGUCUCUGGACUCGAGUUCUCACUUGGCAAAAUCGAUAGCAGAUAAACGUCACGAUGUGCUCGAUCUUGAGGAACGCAAUUGGCAGUAUCAUGCCCAGAAAUGCGCUGAAAUUCGCACGUCAUGCCUCCACGGCCGCCGCGGGGCCCACAAAGGAGAUGAACAUGUGCACAGCCAUCAAUGACGCCCUUCACAUCUCCAUGGCCGAAGAUCCAACGACCUGUAUAUUUGGAGAAGACGUAGCUUUUGGCGGUGUCUUUAGGUGUUCGGUGGGUCUCCUGGAGAAGUUUGGAGCACACAGAGUUUUUAACACGCCCAUUUCCGAGCAGGGUAUCGCUGGAUUUGCCAUUGGAAUGGCUGCGUUGGGAGCAAAUGCGAUUGCUGAGAUCCAGUUUGCCGACUAUAUAUUCCCAGCCUUUGAUCAGAUUGUAAACGAGGCUGCCAAAUUCAGGUAUCGCUCAGGAAGUGCAUGGGAUGUUGGCAAGUUGACCAUUAGGUCUACCUGGGGAGCUGUAGGUCACGGUGGUUUGUACCACUCACAGGCUCCAGAAUCCCAAUUUGCGCACGCAGCAGGUCUCAAGAUUGUCAUUCCAAGAGGAGCAUACCAGGCCAAGGGUCUGUUGUUGAGCUCCAUCAGAGACCCAAACCCAGUCUUAUUUUUCGAGCCCAAGGCACUCUACAGAGCUCAAGUUGGUCAAGUUCCAUUGGGAGACUAUGAAAUUCCUCUCUCCCAAGCUGAAGUGGUGAAGGAAGGCACUGAUGUUACUCUUGUUGGAUACGGUAAUUCGGUUGCCUGGAUGCUCAAGGCUGCGGAAAGGGCAGAACAGGAUCAUGGUAUCAAGGCUGAGGUUAUUGACCUCCAGACAAUUUUGCCAUGGGAUGUGGAGACCGUGGAGAAGUCUGUAACAAAAACUGCCAGACUUAUUGUUACCCACGAGGCCCCCAAGACUGUAGGUAUGGGCGCAGAAAUUGCAGCUACUAUUAUGGAGAGGUGUUUCUUUAAAUUGGAGGCGCCAAUUAAGCGCGUAUGCGGAUAUGAUACGCCAUUCCCGCUUGUGUAUGAGAAGCUUUAUUUGCCCAAUGAGCACAAGCUUUAUGACGCCAUUGUAGACGUUUGUAACUCUUAG